AUGUCUCGUCACUUAUUGCUGUUGACCUGUAUGUUUGCUGGGAGAUGUUAUGCUGGUAACAGUACAUCGGUUUUGUCACGUAUACCGGAUACAAUACAGAGGUUGUGUCCUGGCAUUAACAUUUGUCCUGAGAACCAGACAUAUCCAGCACCAGAAUACACAUUUGUAUCAGGAUAUGUGUCAUGCUGUUCUGAAUGUUCGUGCAGUUCUGAUUGCAACGAAAAUGGAAACUGUUGCUUUCCGCACAAACCAAAAGAUGACGGAAGACUGAAAGUUUCGCACACUUGUUUUUUCCCUGUAACACCUCAACCAACGGAAAAAGAUAAACAACGUUACCAGUCUUACAGUAUGAUAUCGUCGAUUCCAGAAAAGGAUCACGGAGAAAGCACAACCGUACCCAAUACAUCUUGUGGUGAAGAAAAUGUAGCUCCUUGGGGCGGUCUGUAUCCUGUUUAUUCUGCAGAAUACAAACUACUAUACAAGAAUAUGGCAUGUGCAGCAGCAAAUGGUGUGACUGAUGGAAUGCUUUGGGAUGCCGUACUUAACUGUGACGACUACUUUCACGGAAUUAAAUUAGACGUUAGCAACUUUAUUCUGAGACUAGACUCCAACUAUAUUCCCGAAGAAUGUGAAGUUAAUUUCGUAUACCGGGGCAACAUUGAAGACAUUAAAUCUCUGAAAUGCUAUACAGAUGUUAUUACAACAUGUCUCGACUCCCACUUUAAGAUCCCUGAUGAAGCUUAUGCUUCAGAAGAGGGCAUAAUCGAGAUGUGUACAAGCGGACUUGUGUCGCCAUUCAAAGCUGGUAUGAAAAUAUUUGCCAACGUGUUUUGCUAUAUAUGUAACAAUCAUUAUUUUCGGAAAGAGACGGAGUGUCCAGACAAUGCCUAUAAUGCAGGAAGAGGACCUAAAAGCCGUGGUCUCUUCGCGCUCAUUGAUGGCAACUUUAUGUCUAAAGGUUGGAAGGAAACCAUCAGAGAGACAGGAGAAUUUCCAGUAGCGUGCAGCAUCAAUGAUAAGGAAAGUUGUAGACCAGUCCAUUGUCCAUCAGGUCAGCAACGUGCUCGAUCCGGCGAGUGUACAUAUCCGCACAAACUUUGGUAUAACCAAGACUACACAGUAUGCAUCAACCUCACAACGGACACGGCCAUCAAUGUAACAGAUGUUUUUAAGAUACAACCAGGUUCCAAGAACGAGUACUUGCCUCCACUCAUAUCGCCGUGGCCUAAGAACUGGUUUAUUUUUGCAAUAUUUACUCAUUACGACGUAUGGAACAAAGAUUACACAUGUGCAUCUUUCCAAUUCAUACUUAAGAGAAAAUUAUCAGCAUCAGUACAGCCGCAACAUCUCGUGCAAACUGUAAAGAUUUUUGCCGCACGAGACUGGUCUCUGCAAAAUCGAAAUGCAUCACUCGUUUUCAAGUCACACAUUUCACAUUUGUCAUACUCGGCUAUAGACUUUGUAGAACGUGAUGCCGACAGUAAGUUCUUCUUCGGGAAUAAUUCUAAAACAAUUGAUAGAAUAUUAUACCUAAGAGGUCGAUUUGGACUGAACAAACUUCACAUUACAAAACUUUACUUCUGUAACCAGGUCGAACUGAAUCCACGUGAAGUUAUUCUUAGUCCAUACAAGAGUAUGCUGUUUAACAAAAUUACGAAAAGCCACCUAUCGGACGGAGAAUUUGCAUUUGUAUGGAGUAAUGCGUACAAAGAUGUGUGCGUACGAAUAUGUAUUGAAGACUCGGAAAUGUACGAAAUGGUCAACCGCUCUGGUGUAGACUGCUUUCCUGAAAUCUGUUGUGUUCGACUCAUUGCUCUAGUCUUAUAUUUGUUUGUUGUGUAGUUAACGGAUAGUAACAUCAUGUAAGGCAGGUACCACAUUUGCAGAUCGUAAUGUAUUUUCUUGCAUAGACUAAAGUAAAGUUAAUCUACAAUUAAAAUGAUACUUGAGACUUGGAUAUUACCUGGUAUCAUGCGUUUAAAACGGCUUAGAUAAAGUAGCCAGGUGUUCUCUAGUCGUUCCUUGACAUAUCCGCUGUAUAACGCUUACUUGCGUAGCAGAGAAAGAGUAAAUCUUGUAUGACUUAGUGACGUUGUCAGUAAAGUUUUCGACUUGCAGGUGUCCGGGAAGCCCGAUACUACACUUGCCUUAAAGCAGUUAUUUUCAUUUAAUUACCUAUAUAUUAAAUCAAUGAUGUCAACAAAAUAAGAAAAUUGGAUUCAUUCUUGUGACUUUCGUCUAAGUAUGAAUAACAAUGGACAGCUGAAGUGAGGUAUUGCACGGAAGCGGGCAACCAAUAUCAAUCCUUUCUAUUCAUACUGAAUACUAGAAAGAUAUUAAAUUGAAAUCCAAAACCACUCAUACAGAAAACGUAAAAGAUGGUUACGCAAGAAAAUCAUAACUUUCAUAACAUUUUCGCGAAUAAAAUUUUUUCUACAAAAUACAUUUAAUAAAACUUCUCACAGUUGUAUCUAAACUUAUAGAAUAUAAUGUGGUGAA